CUAAACGUUAUUUUAUUUCCAGUUGCAUAAUUAUCUGAAUCGAGCACGUCAGCUGUCACCAGAACUUUAUUUAGACGCUAAUUGUUCCCUUUGGGUAAAGUUCCAGUUGAAUUAAAAGGUAAGAUUGGAAAGCAGUGAGUGAUUGGUGACCCUGAACCUGAAAACGAAGAGUAAACAUGCCGAGGUCCUUUUUGGUGAAGAGCAAACGGGCACACAGUUAUCACCAACCCCGUUACCUGGACGACAACUGCAUCCAAAUAGAGAAACUUCUCACAAGCCAAGAAAGUCAAAUUGGACAGGCACCUGAGAGCACGGUAGAUGUAGGAAAGGAUCCAGGCAAUCGUUCCCCUAAAGCUAGCAUGGUGUGCACAGCGGAUUAUUCCUCUCAACAGUCUCCACUCAGCUGCGAAGGCAGCAUAUGUGACCGCUCUUCAGACUAUGAGGACUUUUGGAGACCUUUGUCCCGAUCAGCCUCCCCAGAUCUGGAGAAAUCCCCCGUGCCUUCUCUGGACGACACUGACAUGAAUUUCCGUCCGUAUGUUUGGGCCCAUUCAACAUCCGAGCUCAGGCACCUGAUUCAAACUUGCAAUCAUGUGCCUGUUUCUAUGGAUCCAGAGCCAUCAAUGGGGGUGUAUGAGACAAUGGAAAAAAGGCCAAGUGCCCAUCUCCUCGCUGAACCAACCAAAUCCGGGCGAUUUUACCAGGACUAUGGCUCUUUGACCACUAACCAUUUGGAUAGUAGAAGCUUUUACGCCGACUUCAAAAUGUCAAAUAAAGUAUCAGAGAUUGAUUCAAAGCCUGAUAUUCUGUGCACACGACUUCAACUAAAUGAGAUGUACAAAUGCAUUAAAUGCACUAAGGUGUUUUCGACCCCUCAUGGUUUAGAGGUUCACGUGCGGCGAUCACACAGUGGUACGAGGCCCUUUGCUUGUGAAAUCUGUGGAAAAACGUUCGGCCACGCAGUCAGCCUGGAGCAACAUAAAGCUGUGCAUUCACAAGAAAGGAUCUUUAGCUGCCAAAUUUGCACCAAAAGCUUCAAGAGGUCGUCCACUUUGUCCACGCACCUCCUAAUCCACUCUGACACCAGACCAUAUCCCUGCCAAUACUGCGGCAAACGAUUCCACCAGAAAUCAGAUAUGAAGAAACAUACGUUCAUUCAUACAGGUGAGAAGCCGCACAAGUGUCAAGUGUGUGGCAAAGCCUUCAGCCAGAGUUCCAACCUCAUCACACACAGCAGAAAACACACGGGAUUCAAGCCUUUCCGAUGCGAACUGUGUGGUAAAGGCUUUCAGCGCAAAGUAGAUCUGAGGAGACACAAAGAAACGCAGCAUGACCUAAAAUUAUAAAUCAAUUAUUUGCU